GGCCUGUCCGCAUAUAAAGCGAGCCGCUCGCCGCUCUGCGGUAUUGGCAGCAUACGAUUCCAGGCGAGCGACAAGGUUGCGCUUGUACGGAACAUUUUUUUUACCUCUAACGACCCUCACAUCACACUCUCCUCCUGUCUCCUGCGCGUUCGCCUUUUCCCGCUCGAAUUGCACGGGCCUUUCGUUUCUGCGCAUUCCUAUAUUUAUUUUUGCAAGUCCCUAGGAUUCCACGAAGACUCCUGUGAGCUCUUCCCAGUUUUCUUUGUUCUUUUUGGGGGUUCCAUUCCUUUUUGUGAACUCAUUCGCGGCCGCCGUGCUCCUUCUCUUCACUCUGGUCCGCUUGCUUCCUCGGCUGUACCUCGGCUCUUCCUGCUGUCCCUUGUUACCCCUGUUGGACAGUCACCACCACAAACACCACUCCCUCCCCUGUAACGUUUCCAUUCUACACCCCCACUUUUGACAUGCAGCCCGCCUCGAGGCCUCCUACGCGGAUCCCCUCAGGGAAAGGCCCGUUCAUGGGACCGCCACCGCCUCCCCCGAUGCUGCUGCCCACGCUGCAGCCCGACAACUCGUCGGUGCAGAACCACGGCAUGCAGAUGCAGCUGCCGCCGAGCUCGACGCUCUCGGGCCAGCUGCCCUCGCACCAGCUGUUCGGCCCUGCGUCUGCGUCGUCGACGGUCGGCAACGGCCUUCCCUCGCUGUCGUUCGACAACUCGGCCUCCUGCCUGUCGUUGGCGAACUCGCAGGUCGCGCCCGGCGUCUACUCGAUGCCCAUGUCGUCGAACGGUCUUUCGUCGCACAACUCGUGUGCGUCCCUCCCGUCGCUUUCCGGCUUCCCAAGCCAGCAGCAGCAACAACAACAACAGCAGCAGCAGCAGCAGCAAACUCGAAAGCUGGUGCCGUCUAGCCCGAACAAUGGCUCCCUGUUCGAUGCCGGACUUUCUGCAUCCAAAUACCAGCAGCCCAACGGCAAUGCUUCCAGCACAACUUCUCUUUCCUGUCUCGGCAACGGCCUCUUGCCCAUGCCCAUGUCUUCUCAGCAGCAGCAGCAGCAACAGUCCUGCCCUCCAAAGGCGUCUUCCGGCUACGCAGCGUCUGCUGCCGCUGCCUUUUACCCUUCGAUGAUUUCCCCGCACACGCCGGAGUCUGCAGAAGAUUCUGCAGCCACUGAAAAUGCGGUGCAGGCGACCAACUCGUCGGCGCCCGUCAUGCCUCCGUCCAGCAUGAACGACGCGUCGAACGGGGUCUCGUCCAUGCUGCCGCCCACACCGCAGUCGCUGUCCAACACGCCGUCUUCGUACGCGCAGCCCUCGUCCAACGUGUCGGUCUCUGCCGGCCUGCCCGAGUGGUAUGCGCCGUCGUUUGUGACGCAGGCGGGUGUGUUGCCUUCGUUGCCGGCAAAUGUCUCCUUCUACAAACCAUCUCAGCAUUUUGUCAGCUCCAAUCUUGCUCAAAACGGAAUGGCCUCCGCUGCUCCAUCGCCCUCCAAUGCGGAUCCCUCCGGUGUUGCGAGCCACACGCUGCAGCCCUCUGCGUUCCCCAACUCGGUGGAGACGGGCGGCGACAACACGGUUCCUUCCUCGGCGAACAUGUCGCCCUACAUGUACAUGCCCAACAACCAGGGCGGCAGCAAUGGCUCAGAUGUGGACGGGUACGCCAGCAAGCAGACGCCACAGACGCCCAAGCGGCGGCGGACGUCGACCGCUUACGCCAAAACGAAGCAUCUCCGUUCGCCCGGCGGUACCACGUUUGUGUGUCGUCAAUGCGAGAAAAAGUUCAAGCGGUCUGAGCAUCUCAACCGACACAUCCGCUCCUUGCACUCGGACGAGCGUCCGUACGCGUGCUUCUGCGGUAAGCGUUUCUCUCGUCGAGACAACUUGCACCAGCACGAGCGGGUCCACAUGGUGCCCGCUCGUCGGCCCCUCAAGUUCGGUCUUGCUUCGCGGAUGAUGAAGAACGAGGCGGUCGCGGCAGCAGCUGCUGUUGCCGCUGCCAACCAACAGUGUCUUUCGCUGCCUCCUCCGCAGCAACAGAUGCAGUCGCCCCAGGCUCCCAACCUUGGGAUGCCCCCGACGCUUCCAAACGGCUUACCACGACACUGUACGCACACGUCGGAAGGCCAUUGAUGCCCAUGUAUGCAUUGGCGCCGCCGCUUCCCCAGGCGGACAACUCGGGCGCUGCUAUUCCUCUUUCAAUCCUAUGCUCAAUACCCUUCCGAACGCUAAUACUUCCUACCUUCCUAUGAUGAACCACCACCCUGGACCGUGAUUGGAACGCAUGCACACUCGCUCACGUUUUCACCCAUUCAUUACACAACAUGCUCAUCCUCUUCCUUCCUGCACUUGCUCUCGCUGCAAAUGUCUCCCAUUCAGCCGUCCUGUCAGCCUCCCUCGCGGGGGCUCUCGUCCCGACUCGUACCUUGGUUAGUCAUGAUUGUGUCUUUUUGAUUCCUCUCCCUCGUGUCCGAACACCUUUUACGGCGGUGCGGUGGUCCCCGUCCUCUAGACGGUAAUGUGUAUUGUUUUCUUCACCGUCCUCGUACCCAUUUCCACUUUUGUCCCUUUGUUUUCUCCCCUUUCAUUAGCUCUCGUCUUCUCGUUGUUUCCUGCCCGGGUGUGCUUGUUUUUUCCUUUUCACUUUUACGCAAUGAUUAUUCACCCACUUUUUCCUUCCCGGGCUACCUUCGCUUUCUUUUGCUUGGAUUCCCUGCUCUUCUUUGUGCAUCCAGUAAAUACCCCUCUCACUGCUGUUUAUACGCUAACAGGAUGUUUGUUUUGCAUUUGUUGUUCUACGUAUGUGUUUUCAUCUUAAUUGUUAGUGCGACGCUCAAUGAUGCUUUUUAAUUCUUCGUUUCUUUCUCCUCUAUCUUGGCUGUGUGUUUACAUGAAGGGACGUCUGUAUCGAGAUGUAUGUAAAUUUAAUGUGUGAUGAAU